AUGGAUUUUGAAUUGACUAAAGAUUAAUUCUAUUCCUAAUAUAAGCCUUUCCAAAAGCUAAACUUGAAUGAUUAACCAUUUACCAAAUAAUAUAUAAGCGAAAAAAGAAAUGAAACAGUUUGGAUUAAGAAAAGAAGGAUUUAAGGAGAAUACAAAGAUUAUUUUAUAAAAGAAAUUAGAAAAGAAAUUCAAAUCCAAAAAACCCUUUAUAAUAAUAAUCCCGAGUGGGUUUUAAGAAUCAAAAAUUUUACUAUAUUCACAAGUUAAGGAAAGAACAGAGAAACUGUAAUGAUUGCAUAUUACAAUGAUUAACAAUGUGCUCAAAUAUUCAAAUAUAUCAAAAAUUAGCAGAAUCGGGGGUGUGAAAUAAAUAGAAUAGAUCUGAGUAAUAAACUAUUCGACAUUUAUCAACAAUUGAGAAAAAAUAAGGUUUGGCAUCAAAAUAUAAAACCUAAUAAUGUAUUCUAUUAUGAUGGUUAAAUUUUGCUUUCAGAUUUUGGGAGUAAUAGAACAUUUCAUUAGAAUUAUAUUUAAUAAUUUAAUAGUAAGAAAGAAUAAAAUUGGCAGAAAGAAUAUUAUUUUUAUAAUCCUAAAAUAAUAUUAGAAUUAAUUAAAAAUUAUUCAGAUUAUGAUAUGAGAAGGUAUGAGUUUGAUGAACUAAAAAGUGCGAUUGAAAGAUAAAAAUAAUUUGAAGAUGUUCUGAAUGUUCCUUAAAAUUCCUUUAAUUUAGAUUCUUGGGCCAUUGGAGUCAUUAUUAUUCAAAUAUUUUAUCCUAAAGAUUUUAUGAAUCCAGAUAUUAAUACAUAUUAUGCUUUCGAUACAAAUGAAUUAAAAUAAAAAAUUCAGGGAAUAACUAAAAUAGAUCAAUUAUUAGGUAAAAGAUUAGAGAUGCUGUUUUAUCCUGAAGUAUAAUAACAAGAAAUAAUAGAAUAAACAAAAAAUAAAUUAAAUGUGCGGUUAAAUAUUUCUUAAAUAUUCCAACAAAAUUAUCUGUCUUCUUAGCUAAUUUCUGUAAUAUUACCCGAAAAUUUAGAUCCAUAAACGAAUAAUCCAGUAGUAAAUCCAUAACCGAAUGGACUUCCCUCAUACUCUGUGACUUGUUAAGCAAAGGUCGCUAAAUAUGAGACUGGUUAAGCAAUGGAUAAAUUUCUCCAAGUAGUACAAAAAUAAAUACAUCCUGAAUUAAAAAAAUUUUAAGAAUCAACAAAUGAAGAAAAACUUAAGUAUGUUUUGGAUUUUCAUAUUUUAAUUCAACUUGAUCUUAAAGAAGUUUAAUCCUAUUUGAAUGAUCUAAAUAAUUUGCUGAAGGAAUUCUCUUCGAGAGCACCAAGUGAAAAUGAAACCAUACAACAAAGUCAUAAUAAUAACAUUGAGAAGCUUAAAGAAAAUAUAUUUCCAGUAUAAAAUAGGGAGUGUGCUCUAUUAUAUUUUUAUAAUUAUGAAAUGGAACCGCCAGAAGAAGAUAUAAUUUAUUAUUAUAAUCUAAAAGAAGCUACUAUAAUUUAAUGGAAGAAACAAUUUUAAAUUCCUUAAGAAUAAACUAAAUAAAAUACAAAUAAUUAAGCAAAGCCAUACUUCUCACCUGAAAAAAUAGCUGAUUUGAUCAAAUUAAGAAAAAAAGAACUUAAAAUAGAAGCUAAUGUCCCUGUUAUGUUGAAAAAUGAGUAAUUAAAGAUAAUUUCAUUUCAUUAUUUAAAAACUUUACCAUAAUAUCAAAAUAUUCUUGAAAAGAAGAAAUAGCAAAAAGAAAUAUAUGGCGCUGAAGAAUUCCCCUUUAAUUUAGCAUUAAGAACCAGAUUGAAGGUUCAAAAUUUCAUUAAGAAAAAGGAAAAAGAAUAUUUAUUAGAGCUUAAAGAAUACGAAUCCAUAUCUGAAAAACUUAAAAAUGAAUAUUUAACUACAUUGUUCAGCUGUAUAGAUACUGGAAUAAGUAGAAAAUAAGAUGUCUAAAUAUUUAUCAGAGGAGUCAAUUAUGUAUAUCCACCACUCAUAUUCAAAUGUAAGGACAAAUAUGCUGUAAUAAAAUUGAGAUAUGAAAUGUUACCAUCAGAAUUAUGUAAGGAAAUAUAAAUCUUUUUCUAAUAAAAAUAUAGUGUAACCAUGAAAGUAGAAUAUAAGUACUUAUAAUAUCUAAAAGUAUUUGGCACUAUUUAAAAUUAAAAAAGCUAUAUUGGAUACUUAGUAAAUGGUAAGCAUCAUGGACAAGGUUUUAAGAGAAUAAACUAAGAAAAAUUAUAAUUUGGAAUAUUUAAAUAUGGAUAGUUGAUAUGGGGGUGGGAGAUUGUCAAGAAGGACAAAAAAAUUUUAGUCUACAAAGGUGAGUUUUAAAAUGGCAGUUAAUUUAACAGAGGAAUCAUUAAAGAAUUUGAAAAGGAAGAAAAUGGAGGUUAAACGAUUUUUAGAAAAUUAAAUCGUAGAUGAAUUAAUGAUUAUUAAUUUAAUUGGAG